GGGGCGGGGAUUCUCUCUGCGGUCUGUUGUUGUUGUUCGGCUCGACGGAAGCUAAAAGCUAACAGCUUCGCACGGAAAUGCGCUCACACCUACUAUCAGAUCGACACUACUGCUGCUGACUCGGUGCCGGUCCCGUGAGCUCGGAUUGACCCGAUUCGGGCCUCCCGCUCCGGGUCGGAUGACUCUGUCCCGUUAGCAUGUUGAAGCUAACGGGCCGGUGUUCUUAGCGUCAGCCUGUUAGUCGGCAGCUAGCGGCUCUUUGUUUGCGAGCUAACCGAGGUUCUUCGCAGGAUGCGGACCAACCUUGUUAACGUCCCGUUCAGCGGCUCGCGUCUGUGUUAAUUGAAUGCCGGGUUUAUCGGUGAGAUCCGUUAUCCUCGGUAGCCGCUCGGUUCGGAGCCGAGGUCUGCUAACAGCUGACAUGCAGCGCUCAGCUCUGUGACCUUGGACUCUUCACCAUUAUCUUCAUCAUAACAUCAGGGUUAGCAUGGCCCUCAGAACAGACUGCAGGCAGGGUGUGGUUUGCCUGCUCCUCCUCACAGGAUGCAUUGCUGUCUCUCAGAGGAAUGAAAAUGUCUAUGUGUCAGGGAUUUCUAAUGCCUGCAGUGAUGUGGCAGAGCUCCUACGGGCAUCCAGCGGUAUAAUCACCAGCCCCGGAUGGCCCUUCCAGUAUCCAGCCCGACUGAACUGCAGCUGGAAUAUCAGGGCGCGACCUGGAGAUGCCAUCACCAUCAGCUUCCAGGACUUUGACCUACAGGGUUCCCAUCGCUGCACCUCAGACUGGAUGUCCAUCAGCAGCUACAGGAACCUGGACGGACUCCGGGUUUGUGGCUCUUCCUUGCCACCACCCUACAUCUCCUCUCAGGACCAUUUGUGGAUCCACUUCCACUCGGAUGACAGCCUGACGGGAAAAGGCUUCAGACUGUCAUACAUCAGCGGUAAGCCGCUGGCAUCCAGCUGUGAUGUGGACCAGUUCCACUGCUCAAAUGGGAAGUGCAUCCCAGACUGGUGGCGCUGUAACUCGAUGGACGAAUGCGGCGACAAUUCAGAUGAGGAGAUGUGUGUGGACUCGCCGUUCUCCUUCCAGCCCUGCAGCCUGAACCAGUUCCCCUGCCUGUCUCGCUACACCCGCAUCUACACCUGCCUGCCCCACAGCCUGCGCUGCGACGGUAGCAUCGACUGCCAGGACCUUGGCGAUGAGAUAGACUGUGAUGUUCCCACCUGUGGCGAGUUGUUGAGGAACUUCUAUGGUUCUUUCAGCUCUCCAAACUAUCCUGAUUUCUACCCUCCAGGAAGUAACUGCACCUGGCUGAUUGACACUGGAGACCACCGAAAGGUUAUCCUAAGGUUCACAGAUUUUAAACUUGAUGGGACUGGCUAUGGCGACUAUGUCAAAGUCUAUGACGGGCUAGAGGAGAACCCCCGUCGCCUCCUCAGGGUGCUGACUGCCUUUGACUCCAGAGCGCCGGUCGCUGUAGUUUCAUCAUCCGGUCAGCUCCGAGUUCACUUCUACGCUGACAAGAUCAAUGCGGCCAGAGGCUUCAACGUCACCUACCAGGUGGAUGGGUUCUGCCUGCCCUGGGAGGUUCCAUGUGGGGGGAACUGGGGCUGUUACACUGAGCAGCAGCGCUGCGAUGGGUACUGGCACUGCCCCAACGGUCGGGAUGAGCUAAACUGCUCCUCUUGUCAGGAGGAUGAGUUCCCCUGCUCCAGAAACGGAGCGUGUUACCCUCGGUCGGACCGCUGCAACUACCAGAACCGCUGCCCCAAUGGUUCUGAUGAGAAGAACUGCUUCUUCUGUCAGCCAGGAAACUUCCACUGUAAGAAUAAUCGCUGUGUGUUUGAGUCGUGGGUUUGUGACGCACAGGAUGACUGUGGGGAUGGCAGCGACGAGGAGAGUUGUCCUGUCAUUGUUCCCACACGAGUCAUCACAGCUGCCGUCAUUGGCAGUCUCAUCUGUGGCCUCUUAUUGGUCAUUGCCCUUGGUUGCACAUGCAAGCUGUACUCGCUGCGCAUGUUUGAACGCAGGUCAUUUGAGACCCAGCUGUCCAGAGUGGAGGCGGAGCUGCUGAGGAGGGAAGCCCCGCCCUCUUAUGGUCAGCUGAUUGCGCAGGGACUGAUCCCACCUGUGGAGGAUUUCCCAGUGUGCUCAGGGAGCCAGGCCUCUGUCCUGGAAAAUCUUCGUCUGGCGGUCCGCUCUCAGCUUGGCUUCACAUCCCUCAGGCUGCCCUCCUCUGGUCGUCGUAGCAACCUGUGGCGUCGCCUCUUUAAUUUCUCACGGUCCCGGCGCUCAGGUUCUUUGGCUCUGGUCUCUGCAGACCUGGAGGACAGCGCUGGCACUGGCAGCACCGGAAGCUCCGGCUCAGACCUGUUGUCUCCAGACUCGGAUGACACAGACACUGAGGGUGAGCGAGGGCGAGGCAUCAGUGCAGUGGGUGGACCUGUUGCACCCCUCCCCCAGAAGACCCCUCCUCCCUCCGCUGUAGAUGCUCUUUCGGUGACACCUUCUGUGACCCUGACAUCUGGCCGAGACAAUGACAGGCCUAGAGAGGCCCUGCCCCCAUCCAGCCCUGUCACUAUAGUAACCUCCAGUCCAGAUCCCGAAUGUCACAGUGACACCUCUGACCUCCCUGUCCCAGCUGCCUCUGCCCUGCAGCGCCUGGCCCAAAACCUGCACCGCUUAGCUAGAAAUCUGACAAGAACAAGUCAGAACCAGCAGAACCAGACCUGGACCAAUCAUAGCCCACUGCACCAGCUGGAGACAGGAAGAGGUGGGGUUGAAGUCACAGAGCGACGGGGAAGUGGAGAGGAAGAUGAAGAUGUGGAGCUCCUGAUCCCCAUCUCUGACUCAGACUCCUCUUCCUCGUCCUUGCUUGUCAGCGACAUCCGACAACCUCUGCUCGAGUCAUACCCCUCCUCCACCGUGAACCAUGCCCCCCGCCAUCACAAUGGGAACAGUGGUCGAGGAGGGCGGGAUGGCCCCUGUGAACACUGCGGAAUGGUCCACACAGCUCAGAUCCCUGAUGCUUGCCUGGAAGCGACUGGCAAAACAGAGAGCAGUGAUGAUGAGCUGCUGCUGCUGUGCUAACAGGCUAACUGAAAGGCUAACGCUAGCCCUACUCCUUCAGUGUUCUAACUACACUAAGUGUAGCUGUAAGCCUGUUAGUUAGCAUGUUAACAACAUGCUAACUGACAGGAUAGCACUGCACAAUGCCACACAACUCACUCUUCAGACACUCAGAGGGGUGGGAUUAUUAUAUUAUAGCACCCUAGCUGGAUCUGUGAUGUCAAAGGUAAACAAACUGAGUGAUGUCACAAAUUGAAUUUUAUUUGGUACGACUUUAAAAACAGUCCCUCUGUUUCCCGGUCUAUCUGUUAAGGCACCGCCCAACCUUAUGGUACGACUGAAUUGUAGAGCUCCCAAGCAGGAGAGGGUCAUUGACCGUUGGAGGCAGCCAAACGCUUCUUCCUAAAAUCUAAGGCCAGGCCACAUAUAGCCCUCCUCCAAAAAAGUUCAGUUGGCAUUUCCUUUACUCCCAUUGGUCCUUAUUUCAGUCACUGACAUCAGAGUUCAGGUUAUUUCCUUUGGUACUGCACACAAACUGAGGAAGAGCUGAGUUCAACAGGUUCUCCUGUCGCCUGCAGUCACUUGAGAGUGGUGCCAAGUACGAAGGAAUAUUAGGGCCACAUUAGGCAAAACAUAUAUAUAUAUAUAUUAUUGAUUAUUUAGAUAAUAAACUCGUAAUUUUGAGAACAGUCAAAACGUGGAAAUCACAUUUUCAAUACAAACUGCCACGGCUUCUAUACCCUCUACAAAAUGCCUUGUGUAGCUGAGUUAGUGAAAUGACUUCAGAAUCGGUUUUCGUUAUAGAAACUUGUUUCUCUUUUAGCUCAUAAACAAAAUGACACUGAAGAGAUGGUGCCAGAAAGCUGCAUCUGGUCAGAAGGAAAAAAUACACAAACUUGAAAGAGUGGGUCGGAUUUGUGCAAAAUGAAAUGGCUGGCAGUGGACAGGUGCAAAGAUACCAAUGGUUGUAUCGCAAAACACAAUAAGACAGAUCAUCUGUUUGUUUCACUAACUUAUCUACACAAGCCAUUUUAUAGAGGAUGUGGGAGCCGUGGCAGUUUUUUGGCUUGAAAUAACUGUAAUCUCCACAUUUUGACUUUUUUAAAUUCAAAAUACUAUUUCAAGUUUGAGCUUACAUUUCAACUUUAAUCUCAAAAUGGACACUUUUUUUUAUUAAUGUGACCCUAACACUUCAUCCUAUUCAAGAGACGCUGGAUGAUUAGGUCAAAUAUUCGGUGUUUUGAGUAGGUGAAUGUUCAUUGGCUAUUGACGGUAAAGCACAAUGUGACAUGUUCAACAGUUGAGUUUGAUUUUAGAACCAGACCUAAAUUAUGUGACCCUCAUGUCCAGUUCAAAGAAAAAGAAAGUCAAAGGUCAGUGUUUACAGCUCACAUGGGACCUGAAGGAUUUGGUACAGCGGAAGAUCCGAACUCGAGUCAGACUUACCUGAAUUAUAAAGGUUUCGUAGCCCCGCCCGUCGUCACUACUCCUCCUAGACUGAAGCCAUUUCUGAUGUUUGUUACAGUUUUUGGUACUCAGCUGACCUUGUGUGUGUGUGUGACUAUGUAUAUUUAUUAUUAUUAUUAUUAUUAUUCAUGAUGUGGUUAUUAUUGUUGUAGUUAUUAUUCUUGUUGUUGUGGUUUUGCUGUUUUCUGGCCUGCAUGAAUUUGGCCAUUUCGUGUUUUUCUUUGUAGUUAAAAACUGAUAAACUGCACUAAACAUUAAAGGUUCACCUCCAGUGUC